UUUACCUCGUCGACCGGCAUCUAGGUUUCCGAAUCGAUUCCCCCAUGUGGGAUCCACCCCCCUAUCGCUUCGAGGUAUUCGAUCGAUCGCGACGGGCCCCUCACGUUCCCCGACCUCGAUCGGCGCGCUCCGCCAUCUUCCUCGCCCCUUCUCCGAAUCUUCGCCGUUUUGGGUACCGUCCAGGGUAGAUUCUGCUCCAAAACAGCACCCGUCGAUGUCGUUUCUGCGGUCGGUAUUCCGCAAAACCCUGAACCCGCGACCUGAGUUUGGAUUGUUCGGGCCAAUUUCGCGACUGGAAGAAUAUUGGAAUCGUGGUCCCUUUUUAAUGGGACUUAAUCGAUCUCUUUUCCCCACGGACGGGUGUGUCCUUUACGGUUUGGGAAGUUUCGGCGUGUCUUCGCCCCUAAAGUAGUCUUUUUUGCGCUUUCAUAUAUGUCAGUGAUUCCAACAUCGUGCUACAUUGACGCUGUUAAGUGUUCUGCUGAUAUCACCCCUUAGUUUCCUCAUGAUGGGUCUGAAGAGGGGUGUGGGAGGGGAAGGGGUAGACGAUGGGGUGCCGUUGGUUCCCGAAACAAAGCGACAGCGAACCUCGAUCGAUUCUAUGAGAGUAGUGAUGGCGACGCAAUAUAUACUGCAGCAUUUGCCAAAGAUAGAACCUUUUCUUCGAAGUGUGGUGCAAGAAGAGGUGCAAAAUGCUAUAUGGCGUGAUAUGCACUUACCUCCCAGAGUUCCCCUUAACAAGAUUCAGACAGCUGUGAGCAAUCGAUACCGUCUACAGUUUCGGAACAGCUUGCCUAGAACACUGUUUACGAGCAGCAAGAUAGAAGCUGAGGGCCAAAAGCCUGUUGAGAUUGUUAUAGUUGAUUCUGACUCAAGAGAGAUUAUCACAUGUGGUCCUCUUUCUUCAAUCAAGGUUGAAAUUCUUGUCCUUGAUGGUGAUUUUGGUAUCGAUGGGCAAGAAGAAUGGACUGAAAAGGAGUUUGGUGAUAGCAUAGUACGGGAAAGAGAGGGCAAAAGGCCUCUGCUGUCUGGUGAACUGAUGAUCACACUGAUCAAAGGGGUUGGUUGUCUUGGAGAUGCCAACUUUACUGAUAACUCCAGUUGGACAAGAAGUCGAAGGUUCAGACUUGGUGCAAGGGUUUCUCAAAGCAGAUGCAUCGAUAGAGUUCAGGAGGCAGUAAGUGGAGCUUUUCUGGUGAAGGAUCAUCGUGGAGAAUUGUAUAAAAAGCAUCAUCCUCCAUCAUUGAAUGAUGAUGUAUGGCGAUUAGAAAAGAUAGGUAAAGAUGGUGUUUUUCAUAAAAGGCUUGCAGAUAGUGGAAUAAUGACUGUUCAGGACUUCCUGAGGAAUUUUAUAAUGGAUCAGAAUAUGCUGCGCCAUAUACUUGGUAGUGGGAUGUCAAAUAAGAUGUGGGAGGCAACAGUUGAGCAUGCUAAGAAAUGUAUUGUUCCAGCAGAGAAGUUAUACUCUUACAACUUUAGUCAAGGAGUUGUGCUCCUGUUUAACUCUAUAUAUGAGCUUCUUGGGACAAUAAUUCAAGAAAAAUUUUACUACCUGGAUGAACUUCCUGCAACACAAAAGGUGUUGAUUGAUAAAUUAAAAGAAAAUGCUUAUAGGACUCCGGAUCUCAUCAUGGAGUUCAUUCAACCAAUGGUUGACAACCGUCAAAGGUUGCUAUCACCUGCAACCAACACUUUUACUAUCCCAGAUAUAGGCUGCUUGGAUGAACACAUUCCCUAUAUUCCCCUCACAAAUCAAGGCGAUCCAGUUCUUGAUAUGGGUUUACUGCAUCAACCCAUUCAGGCAGGGAUUGGCAUCAUAGAUGAUCUACCUGAAAUGAAAGACAUGUUGCCUGAGAUGGGUUUUCGUCUGGCACAGAGAUCUGAUUCCUUCCAAUUAAACACUAACACAGGAUUCGAUAUGCCAUCAAGCAAUCCUGCAACUCUAGUAGAUGACCACCCACUGAUGAGUUUCAACGCUCAGGCUGACAUGUGCUCCGGUCAAUUCCCCAUGCUCUGGGAUCAACACAAUGGCUUGGUUCAUGUAUCAGAUAGCAGUACAAACAGAAGCUGCACCCCAAAUGUGCCUGAUGCUGGUGCCACGACUUCAUCUAGCAAGUGGGUUAAGUUGAAAGCAGUAUCAAAGUGGAUGGCGCUUGCACGGCGCUCCGCGAGAAGAGUUGCCUACAUGAAUUCGGCUUACCCGACGGUAUCAUCGAGCAUGUGUGCCGAUACUUAUGAAGGUUGCUGGUGAGAGGUGUCAUCGCAUAAGCAACAAUGAAGAUUUUUUGCACCUCAAUGGCGACUAAGUAGGAUUAGAGGAUAAUGAUAACUUUAUUGUACAUCAACUACGAGAGGAGAUAUGUAUGUUAAUCUUUUCCUUAACCAGCAGUUUAAGUUGUGUAUUCA